AACCGGUUUCGUUUGAACUGGUUUAUACCUGUUUUCAUAACGACACUCGGGAUUCGAAUCUCUUCUCACUCAGGCGCGCGACAGUUUUCUGUGAGAUUGAAAGGUGGACGCUGAGAUCACAGAAGAAACGCCUGAGAUCCGACUGUACCUGAACGUUACACAACCAUAGUAAACAAUGAUUGAUCAAUAACACUGAUACUAUCAGGGACGGUUGUAAUGGGAGUGCAGGUACUCAGGGUACUUUAGGGCUUUGCAGAACAACCUUCAAAGUAGCUUGUCUAAACACUAAAUACUUGUACACUGAGAUACUUGUGCAUGUGUUGUUGUUAUAUAUAAAGUGAGUAUUUACAGAGUAUAUGGAGUCUCCUCUGCAGCAGCUGCAACACCUGCACACAGCUCCACACCGACCCCCCCAGCUCCGACUCUGCCAUUGGUCGAGUUUCAGGUUUCCUCGCUGUGAUCUAACUCCUCGCGGAGUAGAUCCAGUGUGAGUGAAGCGCCGGGACACCUGAAGACACACAUCCGCAGACAUGUCCGCAGACACCGGGCACAGACUCAACCCCAUGGCCGCUGCCGGCUUCCUGCCCCGGCUCUUCUUGUGCUGGUUGACCCCCCUGCUGCGCCUCGGCCGCAAACGCAGGCUGGAGGAGAGUGACAUGUACGACCUUCUGCCAGAGCUCCGGUCUGAGGCCCUCGGAGAGACGCUGCAGAGGUUGUGGGAUCAUGAAGUCAGAAAAGCUACGAAGGAACUUAGGAAACCGAACUUCACCAGGAUCCUGACUCAGUGCUACGGGAAGUCGUUUGCUCUGGUUGGGGCGAUUGCAUUUUCAAUGGAGGCCAUUAAAGUGAUCCAGCCACUUCUCCUGGGGAAAAUAAUCCUUUACUUUGAGAAUUACAACCCAGACGACAGCAGGAGUCUGUACCUGGUGUGUUGUUACGCCGCUGGAAUGUGCCUCUCCAGCUUUGGACUGACUGUCCUCCAACACAUCUACUACUACUGCGUCCAGAUCGAGGGCAUGAAGAUGCGAGUGGCCACAUGUCACAUGAUAUACAGGAAGGCUCUGAGUCUCAGCAGUGAAUCCAUGGGACAAACCACCACUGGACAAAUCGUCAACCUCAUUUCAAAUGAUGCCAAUCGCCUCGAUGAGAUAACACUCAAUCUGCACUACCUGUGGGUGGGACCUCUGCAGGCGAUGGUGAUCAUCGUUUUCCUUUGGUAUGAGAUCGGCCAGUCGUGUCUGGCAGGCGUCGCAGUCGUCGCCCUCAUGCUGCCUGUGCAGACCGUGUUUGGAAAACUCUUUGGCAUCUUCAGGAGCAGAACGAUCGUCCUCACCGACAACAGAAUUCGUAUCAUGAACGAAGUGGUGUCUGGCAUCAGGAUCAUCAAGAUGUACGCCUGGGAGAAACCUUUCUCUGCUCUGGUUACUGAAGUCAGAAGGAAAGAAAUCAGUCAGAUACUGAAGAGCUCUUAUCUACGAGGAAUCAACAUGGCGUCCUUCUUUGCCAGCAGCAAGAUCAUCGUCUUCGUCACCUUCACGGUCUACGUCCUGCUGGGAAACACCAUCACAGCCAGCAGUGUGUUCGUCACCGUGUCCUUCUACGGAACAAUCAAGCUCACAGUCACGCUGUUCUUCCCUCUGGCUGUGGAGAAGCUGUCAGAGACGAUAGUCAGCAUCCGGAGGAUCCAGAAUUUCCUUCUGCUCGAAGAGGUUGAGAGAAAAAGCUCUGGGCUGCCUCUGGAUGAAAAGAAUCCGAUCUCCAUUGAGAUUAAGAAGAUGACCUGCCACUGGGAUAAGAGUUUGGACGCUCCAUCGCUCCAGAAUGUCUCCGUCACUGUGAAGUCGCACCAACUCCUGACUGUAAUUGGACCAGUGGGUUCUGGAAAGUCAUCCCUGCUGAGUGCGAUCCUGAGAGAGCUGCCUCGCUACACCGGGACGCUGCAGGUCAAAGGUCAGCUGACCUACGUAUCCCAGCAGCCCUGGGUGUUCCCGGGAACCAUCCGCAGCAACAUCCUGUUUGGGGGAGAACUCAACCCCCAGAAGUAUGAGAGAGUCAUCAGGGCCUGUGCUCUGAAGAAGGACCUGGAGCUGCUCCCGGAUGGAGACCUGACUCUGAUCGGGGACCGAGGAGCCACACUCAGCGGGGGGCAGAAAGCUCGAAUCAACCUGGCGAGGGCUGUGUAUCAGGAUGCAGAUAUCUACCUCCUGGACGACCCCCUAAGUGCCGUGGAUGCUGAGGUUGGGAAACAUCUUUUCGAGCAGUGCAUCUGUGGCCUGCUGAAGAACAAGUCUCGUGUCCUGGUCACCCACCAGCUGCAGCAUCUCAAGCCAAAUGACCAGGUUCUGGUCCUUAAAGAGGGUCAUGUCAUGGCGCAGGGAACCUACAAGGAGCUGCAUUCGACUGGUCUGGACAUGACGUCGCUGAUGAGGAGCGACGAGGAGCACGAGCAAUGGCCCCAGUCAGGUGACUCAGACAAACUGUCGCUGCGCAGCCAGACGACAAACUGCUCUCACAGCAGCCUCCUGCCGCCAGAGAGCAACUGGACAGACCAACUUCCUGCUGAAACAGUUGGCACCAUGGCCGAGGAAACACGAGAAGAAGGAGACGUCAGUGGCCACAUCUAUCUCAAGUACUUCACUGCAGGCUCCAACCUCCUGGUCCUUCUGGUCGUAGUCCUGCUCAGUGUCAUAGCUGAGGUUGCAUACAUUCUUCAGGACUGGUGGCUCGUGUACUGGGCGAGAGCCACGUGUUUGAACAGCACAGCCACUGUUAGCUUCUCAAAUGGAAUCAACAUGACUCACACAGAUCAACAGUUCACACUCACGUUUUACCUCAGCAUUUACUCAGGUCUGACAGCAGCUGCCGUGGUCUUUGGCUAUGCCAGGAGUUUGGUGAUCUUUCAUGGGCUGGUGAGAUCGGCUCAGACGCUGCACAACAGCAUGUUCCACGCUGUCCUCCGCACGCCGGUUCACUUCUUUGACAUCAACCCUAUAGGAAGAAUUCUUAACAGGUUUUCCAAAGACAUCAGCCAGAUGGACUCGAUGUUACCCAUCACCUUUGUGGACUUCUAUCAGUUAUUUCUGCAGAAUACUGGCGUGGUGGCGGUGGCAGCCUCGGUCAUCCCUCUCAUCCUGAUCCCCAUCAUCCCACUGAUUCUUCUCUUCUUGUACUUGAGGCGUUUCUACCUCAGCACAUCACGAGACGUCAAACGUCUGGAGUCUACAAGAUGUCCCUGCAUGUCCCAUCUGUCUACGUCUCUUCAAGGCCUGUGGACAAUUCGAGCCUUCAGAGCUGAGGACAGGUUGAAGAAAGCCUUCGAUGCUCAUCAGGACCUGCAUUCAGAGGCAUGGUUUUUAUUCCUGAUGACCUCCCGCUGGUUUGCACUUUGCCUUGACAGCAUUUGUGCCAUAUUUAUCACUUGCACAGCAUUUGCUUGCAUCUUCCUCAGAGAUGGGCUUGAGGCUGGAGCAGUGGGCCUGGUGCUCACUUAUGUUGUGACGCUAACGGGAAACUUCCAGUGGACCGUGAGGCAAAGUGCUGAGGUGGAGAACAUGAUGACAUCAGUGGAGAGGGUGGUAGAGUAUACACAGCUAAAGAGUGAAGCAUCCUGGGAAACCCAAAAGCAACUUCCAUCCGAUUGGCCGAGUCAAGGAAUGGUGACCUUCAACAAGUUAAACUUCUCCUACAGCUGCGACGGACCAGUGGUCCUCAAAGACAUCAGCAUCACCUUCCAACCCAACGAGAAGGUUGGUAUCGUUGGGAGAACAGGUGCUGGGAAAAGCUCCCUGGUCUCGGCUCUGUUCCGUCUGGCAGAGCCUGAGGGAGAGAUCUACAUCGAUGGGGUUCUCACCUCUGAGAUCGGCCUCCAUGACCUGCGCCAGAAGAUGUCCAUCAUUCCUCAGGACCCAGUGCUGUUUACAGACACCGUGAGGAAAAACCUGGACCCUUUCAACCAGCACACUGAUGAAGACCUGUGGACGGCUCUGGAGGAGGUGCAGCUGAAGUCCGUGGUGGAGCGGCUGCCUGGUAAGUUGGAGAUGGUUCUGGCUGAGUCGGGCUCUAACUUCAGUGUGGGUCAGAGGCAGCUGGUGUGUCUGGCCCGAGCGCUGCUGAGGAAGAACCGCAUCCUCAUCGUCGACGAGGCCACGGCCAACGUGGACCCCAGGACAGAUGAACUGAUCCAACAGACCAUACGAGACAAGUUCAGAGAAUGCACCGUGCUCACCAUCGCUCAUCGACUCAACACCAUCAUAGACAGCGACCGGAUACUGGUUCUCAACAGCGGCACCAUCCAGGAAUUAGACCGGCCCUUCACACUGCUUCAAAACAAAGAGGGGGCUCUUUACAGAAUGGUGCAGCAGAUGGGUCCGACUGAGGCAGCCGCCCUGCUGGAGUCAGCCAGACAGGCAUCAAAGCCAUCCUGACAACCUGACAGCAGAUUUUAAACCAACACACUCCAGAUGAAAGAAGUACCAGAGAACAACUGAUCUACCUGACACUGUUUUAUUAAAUAUUUUGUUUUAAACACGACCUUGUGAUCAAAACUGUCACAUAUCCUCUUUAGUUUUGAUAAAGUUUUUCAUGUA